AGGCUGGGCUUGGGCACGGCUGCCUGGAUCAUGGAUAAGCACUGGGUAACUGGUUAUAUAAGGACAGGCAAUCGAGGAGAAAAGCAUGGUUUAUGCUGCCUUAUGUUUAUGCCACAUUUAAAAUCUCUCUGAUUAGACACUUGCCCUACUAAGUGUGUGUGGUGUGGAAGUUCAGUGUUUGUCAACCCCAGUGAGGUACCACGAUGGUCCAUCAGACAACUUCUGAGUUAUGGCAGUGUAACUAAGGCUAGAACACACUGUGCAUCUCCUAGUGCUGAUACAUUAAUUAAAAUCCAUGUGAGGACAGCGCUGUUCAUGCUAACAGAGACUGCUCUCUGUGCCCGCAGGUGGGACAUGCAGCCAUUGCAGCGUGGAAAGCGUGAGCUUUCCCAGAGCUCUGCCAGUGCUGUGGAUGAUCUCAAUAAAGACAGGCUUAAGUUUUCAAGCUGUAAAUUUAGCAUUCUUCUUUUGGUUGCUAAUUGUAGAACAAUGUAUAUUUUUAAGUAGCUCUUGUCUCAGUGAUCAAAGUUAAACACUGGUCCUGGUGUUCUGCAGUACAGCGAAAACUCUGCAGUCAGAGUGGGACUUCAAGGACCUUCGGUCAAGAUUCUUUCUGGUAGAUACCGUAACUGAGGUUCAGUCCUGAACAGAAAUGUACAGGUGUCUGUUAAACUGCAUUCUCACCUUAUGAUGCAAUGAGUUACUCCUGCUUUCCCAGAAGAAUCAGUCCUCAGUCUGAAUGGAGAAUGCACAUCUCACCUGCCCAUUUUCACAGAAUUUAGUGUGGUCUUCACCACAAUAUAUGAAUUAAAAAAACUUCAGAGAACCUGACGACAGGUGGAAUAUGCCUUUGGGUCAGAGUUUCAAUCUCUUUAUAUAACUCUAUGUAUGAAUAUCUGCAGUGAAUGACAGUAUUAGAAACUCCAAUCUGUGACAUUACUGCCCCUUUAAUAACAUUGUGCAGUUAGUAGUAGACUAGAGAAAGAUGGGCUGGGGAUCUCUCAGAGUUUUAAUUCUGAAAGCUUUUUGUAUUGGAGCCUUCCAUCAGAUGGUAUUGCAGCUUUAUUGCAGAAUACUUUUUUUUUUUUCUGGCUGUUUGAAUGAUUUUAAUAACAGAAAAGCUCUGGGUCUGUGGUACCUUCUGAAAUCUCAUUUAUACAGCUGAAUGAAUGGUGAAGAAUACUUUGCAUCCCUCUGUCCUGACUGGAAACCUGGCUUUGUAGUCUGCAGAGAUCAAAGCAAGGUAUAGAAUUGAAGGUGUGUUUGAUCCACCAUGGCAAGAUCUGAGCAAUAUAUAGGAGUUUUAAUAACAAUUCAAACAGAGCAAUUCAUUGUGCUUUAACUUCCUGUCUUCUGUAGGUUUAGGUGACAGUUUAGUGUAUGACAGAGUGCUUUUAUGGUUGCUAGUAGAAACAUUGUUUCAAGCAUGAGUGAGAUACAGGCAUGAAAAAGAGUCCUGUUUUUCAACAAAGUGAACUCAUUUGCUUUGAUAAGUAGACAAACUGCAAAAUACUGCUCUGCUUCAUGAGCAGAUUUGAGUAGAACCCACCUUUUUCUUUUGCAGAUAAAAGAUUAUGUUGUGUAGAGUGCCAGGCAUUAGGAGAGCUCCAAGCUAUUGGGCCCUUCCUUCACUCUUUCUUUAAGACUGGAUUUUCCUCUGGAAUUAAUCAACAGAACUCUAGUUUAUUUCAAUGAGGCAAAUCUGUUUUACAUUUGUGCAGCUUUGCUGUAGAUCAUGAAGCUGUACCUGAUAGAUCAGCUACCUUUUCUCAUGGUGUUUUGGUUAGUGACUGAAAAACAUCUUUCUCAUUCAUACCUGAACUCGGGACCCAGUUUGCACUGAAUUCUUGUUUCUUUACCCCUCUUGCAACCAAAAUCCAUAUGUAAAAUGCAUCAGAUACACUUGUUUUCUAGAAGAUUGAAGCUCUAAGAAUGUGUUACAAACUACACAAACACUGGGAGAGAUAAGAGCAGUACUUUUAGUGUGUUCUCAAUUUUAAAGGCUUUCAUGACAAAAGCCUCAAAACCUUGUGAGGGUUACCAGCUGUAGAAAAUGUGAUAUAUUCAUGUAUAUCAUCACUAUUGUGGUAUUUCCAGAAGGCCACUCAACCUUUCCUUUGGUAGAAAUAGUACUACUUUUGUUUCUUUUCUGUCCUGCAGCACUUUGGUUCGCUCUGAGUGUCCUCCUGUCACAUUUACCUAGCUGUGAUUUUUAGUCAUGCACCUUCACUAAAGGCUUAAGUGACUCGCAACUCUCAGCAGACAAAGAGCCAGUCCCUUUCUGUAGUGCUGACAGUGCCAAGCCUGCUGGAGAAAAGUGAAUUCAGAGCAGGGGCUGCACGCUGAACAGCAGCACGGCUGUCACGCUUUUUUGGGAGCGCCUGUUGCUCAGGAGCAGAGCUGGGCAGCAGCAGGAGCUGUCAGCCCGGGGCAGGCAGGUCGGACCGUGAGCGCAGCCGUGCCGGGGACAGACGGGCAUUGCCUGGCAUGCAAGGGCCUGCUGGGUGCCACAGUGCCCUGUCACAGCUGGCUUUGCUCCUGGACACUGCUGUGAGGCUGUCCUUAAACACCUGCAACCAUGAAGGCUUGACAAUAAGGUUGCAUUUAAAGCAUUCGCUUCAUCCCCCACACUUCUGUUAUUCAAAGCUCCUUGCUACUUGGAACAGGGUUAUGUACCUGGAAAUGUGUUAACCACUGUGAGUUUCAAUUUUUUUAGUCCAGAAAUAGCUUGUGUCCAUCACAGCAGGGGAAUCAGUGUGCUUAUGAAGCAAAACACAGGUUUUCCGCUGUGGUCUAUAAGCAGACCCCUGAAUGUCCUCCAAAGUUCUCUCUCUUUAUUCUGCAGGUCAGAAUGAGGAAUGCUGCUGUGUUAAUAUCACGAUAUUUGCGUUGCUUUUAAAUUUCUUGAUUGACAAGCUCUACCUACUGCUUUUUCAGCAUUAAUUGCCUCAUAGCAUCUCAGGCUGAGGUUAUAAUAAUUUCCACUGAAAUUACAAUCACGUGGCAGGUAGCUGUAAACACCUUAGCCUUCCAUGUCACUGAACAAGAAAGGAGAUUCCAGACGCAUAGCAAGUAGAGUUCUUUGGGCCCUGGUAAGGUAAAAUUCUCUGUAUGGAGAGAAUAAUGGCAAAUAACUUUAAAAAAACCCACAAAAACAAACCAUAGAAUAUCCUGAGUUGGAAGGGACGCUCAAGGAUCAUUGAAGUUUAGCUCCUGUACAUGCACAGGACAUCCUGAAGUGUCACACCAUGUGCCCAAGAGAGUAGUCCAAAUGGUUCUUCAACUCUGUCAGGCUUGUUGCUGUGACCAGUUCCCCGGGGAGCCUGUUCCAGCGCCCAGCCACCCUCUGGGUGAAGAGCCUUGUCCUGGUAUCCAACCUAAACCUGCCCUGACAGCUUCAGGCCAUUCCCUUGGGUCUGUCACUGAGCACCACAGAAAAGAGGUCAGUGCCUGCCCCUCUGCUUCUUCUUGUGAAAAAGGUGUAGACUGCAGUGAGGUCUCCCCUCAGUUUCCUCUUCUCUGGGCUGAACAACCCAGAAAGUGGUGGAGAACAGAGAGCAGGGAUUCUUUUACAAAGCUAUGGUGGACUAUAUAAAUAAAAUUGAGAAGGUGUUGGCAGCAGUUUCUUAGUUAGAAGUUGCUAAGAUUCUUUGGAACAAAAUUAAAAUAUCUUCAUCACAAGAGAAAUAGGUUUUGAGGUUCAUCUUUGAUGCUGUUGCUACUUAAUGCUUCUUCAUGCAGAUAGAGCCAGCAGCAUAGCCAUGACCACAAUUUCUGCCUGUGCAGCUGGUUAAAAAUUGCAUCAGUUAGCACAGAAUUCAGAGAUGGGUGUAGCCAAACCAAUUUCAAUCUACCUGUGAGUUGCAGUCAGGCAGGUACUUGAUACCUUUUGGUAUCUGAAGGACACUGGACUUUCCUGGACAAUGUAAUCCAAAUGUUACUAAAGAGGUAAAUAAUUUAAAGAUAAUUUUAAUGUGCUCUGCAGUUUCACUUCAUCUCUUUUCCCUGUGACUAUGUGUCUUCCAAAAAGUACAGUUGUGGGGACAAUUUGGAGAUUGGACCCACUUUGGAAAUAAAUUUCCGUUUGUUACCCUGUGAUCUGGCAUGUGUGGAAAAAGGCUAAGUAGGUAUCUUGCAUGAGCAAAUUCUGCUCUCUGACUGUAGCUAUAAGGAACUACCACCCACAAGAAAGGAGGGAAGGCAUUUCCCAGCUCCUCAGCCCAGUUUGUUGGCAUGCUUUGACUGGAUGAUGAUGGAUUUCUUGGAAAUCUGUCUACGGCUGAGCGGCAGCCUUUCUAUUGACAUCACUGGAUUAUGGAUUAGGCUUCUAUCAUGUAACCCCUUUAAGGCUUCUCCUUCUGCUCCUAUACAAUCAUCACACCCCCAAGGCUCUUGAGAGUCACACAGGAUGGUCAGCAGCACUCCUGGACUGUGAAGGCAAAGGCAAACCAUAGGAGACUUGUCCAACAGAGGACAUACCUUUAUAGCGAGUCCUAGUCUACUCUCAUUUUUUCUUCAAAAUGCACAUUUCCCACCCUCUGCACACUCCUCUCCUAUCCUGGAGGGCACUACAAGCUGGGGGCCAGGAGAAGGAUCAAUGGAAAGGAAUUUUUUAUUCUCAGAAGGUGAUUUUCUGUACGCUAAACCGGCCCUGCUGAUUGACUCAUGGUUUAAGGCUGUAACAAGUCUUAGCAAGUGGUGAUGCAGCCUGCAAGAGCCUGGAGGAGAUUGUGUCUGUCAGGUUGUAUGAACAGCCUCCAGUUGGCCAAAGACCAGCCAGAGAGCAGGCCAAGGAAACAGACUCCCUUUGCUGGUGAAAGGGCUAGGAAGGGCUGAAACCCUGUCUAAAGAAGGUGAAAAAACAGAUAAGGCAUGUGAAUGUUGAUAUUUCUGAUGAUUCUUUGGUGCGUUCUUUGGAGCAAGAAGAGGAAAUCACAUGGGGAAACAUGGGAGAAGGUAAAAACGUGGAAGAUGAGGUGAAAUUGUUCAGAACAUGCCCUGAGAAAAAAAUGGAGAAAGCUGCAAAGUGCGUGAGGAGAAAAACGCAGGAAUUGCUGACAGUGUAGAGAGCGGUGUAGGAGUUUUGAAGAAAGGCAAAAUGAACAGGAAACAUUUACAUAAAAAACUUUCAGUGAGACUUACUAAAAAUUACUGAAACUUGAAGCAACCCCUCAGAGACUGUGAGGGAGAGAGAUAGAGGGAGAAAGCCAGGUAUUCCAGACUUUAGCAUAGCUAAGGGAAACAUAUGCUUAAAACUCUGUGAGGUGGGUGGUCAGACUUGCAAUCAGCAGUGACCUUCUAGACAAAGGUCUAGGGUCAAUGACACCAAAGUCUCAAAACCUAUGUCUGUUUCUGGGGUGGAACUUACAUAAACCCCUUGGAAAUUUUGGUUGAAUAACACCAGAGUAGUUCAUCAACUGGAUUGUGUCAGCUCCCAGGAUAGCCUUUUAGAAGGAAUUAGAAAAUGGACUAAUUGGGCAACAGAAAGAUCUGUAUUCAGCUGGGGCAAUGUCUUUUAAAAAUAAUUUUUAUAUGAAUGCUUGCAAAGUGUAAAUUUGUCCUUUUCCCCAGUAAGAAGGUCAGGCUGUAACUUUUGCCUUUCUUUAGUUGUCCACAUCUUGCCAACAGUCCUUUGAGUUUUUCCACAUGGGAAAGCCAUUUUGAGUCAGUUAAUGAUUAGCCUGCCUGUGAACUUUAAAUUAAAACCAGCAGCCACAAUUAAUGGAGCCCACAGUAUCUUCUGCAGGCUGCUAAGAGCAGUAGUGGGAAGAGUGGUGGCUUGUUGAGCCUGCUAAAUAGAGAUGGCCAAUUGCCAGCUCUCAAAAAGAGGAGAUGAUGGAUGAGAGAAGGGGAAGGAAACAAUCUCAUACAAACAGGACUCCCUUAGGAGCAGCCAGCACAAGCUGCCAGUGUGCAUGAAAAGCUUGCAUGGGAUUUUCCUUCAUUUGAAAACAGGCCAUUUCAACUGCAGGUGAGGUGCUUUCCUUCCUUUAUAGUCUUCUCAUCUGGAAGCAGACUUUUAUGGCAGUCAAGUGAAAGCCCCAUUUGGGGUCAGAGGUAUCCAUGUUCCCACACCAAAAGCAAUUCUGCCUUUUACCAGAGCUUUCUGAAAGCUCUGGGACUGGGCAAAGCUCAGGUUCAGCAGGCCUUGGUAUCAGCAGACAAGGUAUCCAAAAUAUUUUUCUGUUUCUUCUCUGUAAUACUAGUGCUAGGUAAAAUGGUUCUCAUGCAGAAUGCCUUGCUUUGGGGGAGACCUGUGGAACUAAAAACCAUAAAUGCAGUAAGAACAGCCCAGGAUCAUGCAAAAUCCAAGUCUCCUUGCUCUCUUUCCCAGUCUGACCAUUAAAUUCCCCUCUUGCUCCUCUUCUAAUGAAACAGCUGGUGAGCUAGGAGUAGCUGGAAGGGCAUUCCUCAGCUUCGCAGUUGUAAUGCUUUAUGCUGAUUUACCCCUAAUGCCACUGAAUUCAGCAGAGUUAAACCAAUGUGAAACCAGGUCAUAGCCAGAAUUAAAAUACAGAAGGGCAUGUUCACCUUCAGCAGAUAAAGGCACAAACAGAAAUAAUAAUGGUACCUGUAGCAGCUUACAAAAACUACUGUCAUCACAGAAGCUGAAAAGAUACAGGAGAUUAAAUUAUUUUCAACAGCUUGUGGCCUCUUAUGCUCCUCACUUUUGUGAGUGAUUCACAAGGGUUGAUCAGACUAAAGAAAAGGUCUUCGCCCUAAUGAUGUGUGAUGGUGAGUGGAGGCCACCAUGUAGCAAGAUCCAGGUACCCACUGGAGUGGCAGGGUCACGGGCUUGAAGCUGCGAGUGCAUCGGUUCCAGCCUGAGUCUGUUCCUGUGGAAGCUGCUGGCUGGAGUCACCCUGGCAAGGGACACAGAAUGAAGGACUGGCUGCUCCUCUUCCUCCAGAGCACAGGGAUGAGGCAGGGGCAGGAGUACUUGCAGCAGCUGCUGGCUGUGACUGCUGUCACAAGGAUAAUCCCAGCUGACACUCCGGGGCACGGGCAGUCACUGCAGCCAUCUCUCCUGUACAAGCACUGCAAACCAGCCCAGGUGCUCCUGUUUGCAGGAAUGGGAGAAGACCUGUGCCUCACACUCUGAGGUGGCUGCAUCUGUGACCUGUGGAAGCUUUCAGCCCUUCUAUGUCUGCCUUCUGCAGAAACCGGUAUUGCUUGCUGGGAGAGGUAGGAUAUGGGACUAGAGAAACUAGUCCUUUGAUGCAGUUUGGAAAACUUUCUGAUUCUAGAAAAGUCUAAGCAUUAGAGCCUGAAAUAAUUUCAGAUGUGGGACACUGUACAGACUAUCCAGCUUUUUGGAGCAUUUUCCUUUAAUGGUGUGAUAUAUUUACAUAGUAUGAACAUUUUGGAAAGACAACAGGCUACUUUAGGAUGAGUGAAUGAUGCAUGGAAGCAUCUUUUCCUUGCAGUCAUGGCAGAAUGCUGUUGAUCAUUUCUCAUCCAGGGAGUCUGGGAGCUCAUGGCUCUCAGCUCCAGUGAGAGUACUGUGUAGUUAUGAGAUUUUGGUGAUUUUUAUUGUCACUAAAGGCCCUAGCCCCCAAGGUGGAAGCUUAAAUGAAAAGCAUAUUUUUCUCCAUUUCAUGUCUGUGUCCCAGUCGUGAGGAUUUGCUCAGGCCCGCAGAAGCAGACUCUUUAAUCCUUUGGCCUCAUGUUAACUUUUGACGCCAUGUCCUGAUUGGGCUGCUGCCAGGAGUUGCCUUUCUGUAAUCCCAGCUGCAAUCAUUAUUUGUGCCACCCCUGCUCCCCAGGGGCUAAUGGAAGGGAGCAACAAGGCACGUAAGUGCACUGCGUGAAGAAACAGAUGCUGUUUUUCUCCUGUUCAGCUCCCUAGUGCCUGUUUUGGAUUCUAUUGUGUUUAAAUACAAGUACAAUAGGUAAUAACUUUGUUCCAUGCAUUGUCCUCCUGAAGGAACAACAUGAAGGGAUUGGCUGGGUGGGGAGUUAAUUCCAUCUUUUUCUGAGCUGAUUGAUGCAGUAUGUUCUGUCUGCUAAGUGCUGGGUAACUCCCCAGCAGCAGAAACCUCUCACUUGGAAGUAAUAAUAGUUUAAACCUUGGUAUGCUUCUGCUUCCCUUUCAGAGCAGCCCGAGUUGCCUCGGCACUGGGGGUGGUGCUGAAGGAGUGCUCGUGCAGCAAAGCAAAUAAUUGGACUUCAGCUUGUAGAAAGUGGUGUAGCCUCUGCUGCAGGCAGCAACACAUUUGCUAAAUAGUGGUUAAAGUUCUGUUUGGUCUUGUAGCUCAGGCUCCUGUGAGUGCUGCUCAGGCAGGGUGAGCUCUGCUGCUGAUGCUGCAGCAGCAGCAGCAACAAACCUACCCAGGUGUGCUUGGUUUGUGUGGCAAGGUUUUGGUAGUGAUGGGAGCUGCAGCAGUGGCUCCUGUGGGACACUGCCAGAAACUUCCCUCGUGUCUGACAAAGCAAAUGCCAGCUGGCUCCAGCAAGGACCCACUCCUGACCAAGGCUGAGCCCAUCAGUCCAGCUGGCAGCACCUCUGGGAUAACAGGUCUAAGAAGGGAAAAAACAAAAGAGCAAUAGCUGCUGGGAGACAGAAGUGAGGAGAGCAACGGCUCUAAAUACUGCAAGGUCAGUGGGGAAGGAGGGGCAGGAGGUGCCUCAGAUGGUGGAGCAGAGAUCCCCCUGCAGCCCAGGGUGAAGGCCAUGGUGAGGCGGCUGUGCCCCUGCAGCCCAUGGCGGUUCAGAGGGAUGCAGAGAUCCACCUCCAGCCCAUGCGCAAAAGAGGUUGUGACCCCACGGGAAGACCACAAUGGAAGAGGCUCCUGGCAGGACCUCCUGGAGAGAGGAGCCCAUGCUGGAGCAGGUUUGCUGGCAGGACUGGUGACACCACGGGGAACCCACACUGGGCAGCCUGUUCCUGAAGGACUGCACUCCCUGUGAGAGAGCCAGGCAGGAGCAGUUCAUGAGGAACUGUAGCCCAUGGGAAGGACUGACACUGGAAAAGUUCAUGGAGGACUGUCCCCCAUGGGAGGGACCACACACUGGAGCAAAGGAAGGAGGUGAGGAGUCCUGCCCCAGAGGAGGAAGGAGCUGCAGAAACAAUGUAUAGUGAACUGACCACAACCCCCAUUCCCUAUCCCUCUGUACUGCUGGGUGGGAAGAGGUAGAGAAUUUGGGAGUAAAGCAGAGCCUAGGAAGAAGAGAAAAAGUGGGGGAAGGUGUUUAAAGAUUUGGUUUUAUUUCUCAUUAUCUAACUGUGAUUUGAUGAGUGAUAAACUAAUAUACCCACGUUGAGUCUGUUUUGUGCCUGACAGUAAUUGCAGAGUGAUGUCUCUGUCCUUAUCUCAAACCAUGAGCCUUUUAAUACAUUCUCUCUCCUGUCCAGCUGGGGAAGGGAGUUAUAGAGCAGCUUUGGUGGGCACUUGGUGGGCAUCAGCUUCAACCCACCACACCAGGUCACUUAAUCCUGCCUCCUCUCUAAGGAUCUCCUGGCUAGAAUGUAGCUCCCAGCAAUCCUUUGACUCUGUGCAUUGAGUUUUUCCAGGUAGGGCUGCUGCGAGGUCGUGCCCUCCCAUGAGGGUUCAGCCAGGCGAGCCCAAGCCCCGUGUGUGGGCAGGAGAAUGCUUCCCCAGCCCAGCCUGGAGCAAGCAAGGCAUCCUUGUAACCUGACUUAAGGUGUCAGGACUGUGACUCAUUUUAAUUACACGCUGAGCGGAAGCCAAGGGUGCCUCUUCACCCUCUGUCUCACCCUCUGAGCCGGCUGGCUGCUACAAGUGAGAUUUCUCAAGGUGCCCAGCACCGAUUAUUUCCAAGUGGUUAGCCAGUAGCAAUUUUAACAGCAGACUGGAGGGGUGUGGGGGGAAAAGUGUUCUCAGCUGAGGUGUGUUGAUGAUGGCACUAUUCUUUUUCUCUCCCUCUCUACCCUCAACCCACUCCCAGCAAAGACAGAGCAUUAUGUCAUUGGCAUCCUGGUUCAGGUGGAAUGAACCCCCAAACCGCAUUUCCCAGAGGAACCCCACAGAAAUGGUGGUGGAAACGCUCAUGAUGGAGCUGAGCUGGCAGAUCAAGCAGGCAGAGAAGCAGCAGCGCGAGCGGGAGAACGAAUACCGCAAGAUCAAGACCGGGGUGGACUACGGCUGGCUGGUCAGCUACCCAAAGCACAGCUACGACAUCAGCCCCGGAGAACGGCUGCAGCUGGAGGACAUGUGCACCAAAAUACAUCCUUCCUACUGUGGGCCUGUCAUACUCAGGUUCAGGCAAGUGGUUGCGGAGUACGAACCAGAAGCACAGGAAGUAUCCCGGCUCUUCCGCUCGGUCCUGCAGGAAGCUGCUGAGAAGAUCAAAGAGGAGGAAGAGGCCAAGAAGCUUGCAAAGCAAUGGAACACAAGGAACAGAACCAGCCUCUCCUUAACAACGUUUAAAUCUCGGUCCAGGAUUUCCCCAUUCAUCAGUGACAUCAAGACCAUCUCUGAGGAUGUGGAACGGGGCACCCAGCCCAACAGGAGGGUUUGGAGCAUGCCAGAAUUUCGGAACACCAAGGAUUUCUGACUCUAUACUGAAUAAGGUUUUUAGACACUGAUCUUUCGAAAGCCCAGUUAAUCCUUUUUUAACUCUGCUGUUUCUUCUUUUUUUCCAUCUCUCUCUUCCUGCCUGUCUCUGUCUUGGAAGCUGUGUCCGUAGUAAGUGCUGCUGAUGCCUCCAGUCUGUGACACCCUUUAUUACCAAACAUGGUAGCCUUUCCUUUAACUCAGUAGCUAUUCAGUAACCUUAAGGACAAGGCUCACUCACUAUCUCAUUUUUAUUACUGCUUUCUUGUGGAAAAUGAAUUAGUUUUGCUAUGUCUGUCUUCUCCCUUUCCCCUCCAGCCUGGAUGUAGUUAUCUAUUAAAACUUUUGGCUCAAGCUACUGAGAGCUGCUGGCUGCACCAAUCUUGCUGAAAGCAAGACAGCCACUUAAAUGAGUGAGGCUUGCAGGAUCAGGCUUGUGAGCUAAAGCUAGUAUCUGAUUUGGAACUGAACUUCCUUUUUCCAACUAAUAGCCUUCCUCAGUGCUGCAAGAAACUUCACAGGUAACCUCAGCACUGCUCUUGAUCCGCUUUUUUGCUGACAGUUCACAAUCCAACCUGAGUAGAAACAGACCCAAGCUUUUUGAGAUUAAAGACCAAUCAUGUUCCACAACCACCAGUUUAUGCAUGCUCAAGUUUCUUGAGUACUUUCUCUUUUGUGCAGACAGAACCCCCAGAACUUUGCACCUGCAGAGUAGAUAGAAAUUUAUCAACCUGCUGUGUAGAUACACAGGUGGAUACCUCAGUGAUGUGUCAAGUGCUGUUCUGGGGCCUCAGUGCUCUGUGUUGCUCAGCUAAGUGCUCCACCCUACACCCCAGAAAUAAAUCAGAAAUCACCCUACACCCCAGCAAUUAAUGUUUAUGGCCAACCCUGAAAGAGGGCUGAAGUAGAGCAUCCAUGUGAAGGGAAUCAGCAUUUAUCUCCAGGGCUCUGUACAGUGGCAACAGUUGAGAUAAUGUGAAUUUUUUGCUGCUGUGAGUGACUGAAGGUAGAUGGCAGAUGAAGGUUCUUCUAAGACCUUGAAGAGACAGGAAAAAGCCACUAAGGAAAAGCUGCUUAGGCCCUAACUCAGCAUUGGCAGGGAGAGCUCUCACCAGCAAAGGAAACAGCAGGGCACUCUGUGAAAGUCGAGUGUCCUGCAGAGAACCCAAGGGCUAGGAUGCUUUGUGGUGACCAAUGGGAGAUGGGGAACGAAGAGAGGGAUUUGCUUGGAUGACUGGUUUUUGGGGAAUCAUCUCAGUGGGGUAUAGCCUCCUGGAGGACCCUGUAGCUUUGUUGUUCUUUUGUCCGUUUCCAGCAAUUUUUCCCUGGGGAUCUUUGCAACAGCAUGUGGGUUCUACAGCCAAGAUUAAAACCCUCUGAAGCUGUGCCAACCCUGGGAAGAAUUCCAGUACAUGAAAUCUAUCCUAGACUAGAAAUGUGCAGCUUCUUCCAGAGAUGGAGGAAGGCAGCAUAAAACAAAGAUCAACAUCAACUCUUUAAGAGCUCUCUGAGACUGGGAUUCUGACUCUUCCUCUCUCCCCUCUGGGCUAUGUAAGAUUGAAGACAAGGCUUUCUUAGUAGCAGCAGGCUGCAGUUUCUAUCCCUUGGUAAAUAUUGCUGCCAGCAACCCUCCUAGGGACAGAAAGCAGCUCACUUUUAAUCAAAAAUCAGGGCUUCCAAAUACAGCAUCCAGUUUGGGACAGGCUAUUCCAAGUUUAGGUCAAUGAGGGAGAGUUUAAAGCCUUCUGACAAUCAGCUUAGUGUUUUUCAGCCAUAUGUCCUUGUGAAGUAACGUGAUUGCGUCCAUGAAGUAAAAACCAAGGCUAGACAUACUUAGCAUAACCUUAGCUGUCUAGAAGAUGUAGGAUCUCUAGCAAGGGGUCACCACAAUUUGCAGAAACAAUUCUAGUUUGGAAAAGAGUCAGCCAUAUUUUUUUAUAUAUAUUUGCAAGCUACUGUAUGGUACUGAAGAUGGGCUGAGAUGAGUCCAUGAAUUUAAUGCUGCAGCUCUGUAUUCAUUUUAUUUGCACUUAUGUUCUGUUUGACACCUUCAGUAUUGACUGCAUCGAUGUGGUGUUUGAUGGGCUGCUGAGAGACUUGGGACCUUCUGACACAAUGCCACGAAGCUCUUUGUUACAGCACAGUGUCAGUGGUGUGCUCACUCUUUGUUAAGGAGAAUCAGCAGUAAGUACCCUCCCUGCAGCAAUGUACUAAGCCAAGGAAAUCACUGGCGGGUGUUCACACUAUCACAGUAGCCUGUGAUUGUGCUGUGUCCUUCAUUAACAGCUUCCAGCUGGCAGACACCAUUCUCCUGCAGCCAAGGAGACAGAGCUGACCUUUGGUCAAAGCCCUGCAUGUUAUGGAGGCCAGGCUGGGGCAGUGCUUGCGACAGCAGUUUUGCCUCAACUUACUUAUAAUUUAUAAUUCCACAAUAAAAUGUAAUCCAAACUCUUGAACAGUAUCUCUCUCCCUGUACCACUUCUGGAAGUUACACUGGGCUCACAGUAGGAUCUGAUGGUAGAGGGAUAUUCAGAUACCAAGAUAUGAGAGAUCUAUUCUUACUCCAUGCUAUCUAGUACUCUUACAAGGGUAGAAGUAGUACCAUGUUUGACUGCAGCCAGCUGCUUGGAGACUGACUGAACUCCUGCAUUGUGCAUGCAGCAUCAGGUACUGAAGCAGGGCUGGGAGGUGAUCAGGGCGCACGACUGCUGCACUGCUUCUGGUCCUCAUUUUUCUUAGAAAUGCUGUACACUCAACCUUAAAUGAUCCUUUGGUCUCAGCAUGCAGCAACAACUAUGCGCUCAUGUUUGCCUUGUCCUAAUUCCACAUUUGGCAUGGCUAAAUUAGUGUCAGUUUAAAUGAGGAGCAUGAAACUCCUGACUGUCCCCACCUACUGUGCUAUGGUCCAUGGCACUGGGCACACACAGCAGGCUAACCAGAUUGUUUCUGGCUAAAGCCAACCCAAAUUAUCCAUUGCAGGUGGCUCACAAAUCAUAAAUCUGGACUAAUGGCGGUCUGAAACAAACUCCCAUGAAACUUGUGUAGUGUGAAGAUAAGUCCUCAUUGGUAACUGUCUGACUCUACUGCUCUGUUCCUCCUGGGCUGCACUAUUUGCUAGUGCAGAAAAACAAAAAAAAUCUCGAUGAGACCCUCUGAUCUGUUUUUAGCACCUCCUGAGAGCUUGUCCUGUGUCUUAAUUCUCUAAGGAGAAUGAAACAUUAACUAUCAGCACAUCAUCAUUAACAAGCAGAAGUGAAGUGAACAAGAAUUAUUCUAAAUCCUCAAACUUUCUUUCAGAAGGCUUUUGGUAUCAGCGCAGAGCAUCACUGAUGACCCACUACUGACAGUGUUGUGCUGUCCAAAGGACAUUUGUCACACCCAGGAAAAAGCAGUCCUAGACUUGCUAUACCUGCUAAUAAGUAAUGGCAGCAGCAGCUACACUGCUCAGCUUCCAGGGGCUGGCACUCCUUAGAUUCACUGCUCUCCUGAGGGAGGCUGUGCAGCCCUGCUCCUGUGGCUUCUAGAGAUGAGCCUGGCCACGGGCAUGCCAGCCAGAAAGGAUGUGCAGGCAGGAACUGAGGUUCCUCACCCACAGCAGCACAGAGUUCAGGCGGUUGUCAUGCCACGGGGAAUUGGAGUAAGCUCUGAGGGAAAUACCUGUCUGCUGACACUGCACUGUUUAUACAUUUCAAUACAGAACCUUAGAGAAUUAAAGCAAAGCUGUGGAAUAUAAACCAAUUUAUUUGUACUUGUUGUCUUUAAUUAAAGGUCUCCUGAAAUAUAA